UCGUUACUGUAAAAAUUGUACAGUGAAUUAGGACUUAGAAUUAGCGACACGCCUGCGUCAAACCCCCCCCCAUCCCGGAAGUCGCAGUGGUCUGUCCCGAGUUCUGCUUCGGCUCACAUGGCGGCUGUGUGUCAGAGUAAUAACAGUAAGAGGAAGCGGAAUACCGGUUUAACAUGAUCACUGCGGGGAGACACCUCGCUUUUCGGGCACGACAGCUCUGGCUCGUGUGUCCUGCUCCCACCUGAGCUACGGUCAUCAGAAGCGAGGCGGACAUGCGGCCGGGAGUGGAGUACAGUCCGGUAGGUGAGGGGCUCGGGAUGCGGGAGUACUGGCUGUACUCGUGCAUGCGCAAAAUCGCUCUCGUGGCCGCGCAUUGUGUCGCUCUGGGCUUCACCGCGCUCAUCGGAGUUUUAUCCAGACCAGGAACAAGUCUCUUCUCUUGGCACCCGCUCUGCAUGUCACUCGGGUUCUGUCUGUGCAUGACUGAGGGGAUCCUGCUCUUCUCUGGUGAGGGUUCUCUAUGCUGCUUCAAGUCACGUAAAGGAAAGGUCCGGAUACACUGGGUCCUUCAGGUGUUGCUGCUGCUUUUAGCAGCCAUGGGCGUCGGGUUCAUGGUGGCCAGUAAGAGGAAGUCUGAGCACCCUCACAUGGAGACGUGGCACAGCCUGCUGGGCGUGGGGACGUUGGUGGCUACGACGCUGCAGGCGGCCUGCGGCGUGUGCCUGCUGUUCCCCAAGCUCAUCCAGACCGUCUCCGUGACCCGGCUGCGUCUCUACCAUGCCACCUGCGGCCUCGUGGCCUACCUGCUGGCCACCGUCACCGUCACCUCCGCCUUGUUCAGCGACUGGUUCCAGGCCACGGUCAAGGGGCCGAUUUGGUACGCCUUCCUGCUCCUGCCCCCAUUCCCUGCUCUGGUGGUGAUGAACCAAAUCACCAACACCUUCCUGCCUAAGAAAAAGCUCACAACGUGAACCAUCUCGAGGAGCACAAACGGACACGACGAAGCCGGAAGCAAUACGGCGGAACUCGCAGCGUGAUUACAGUGUGAUUUUAAAAGAACUUUGACUUUUCUUAGUUUGUGAGGAAAAUACUUACAUUCCUGAUCAUUUUAUCUUGUUUCCACUAACGAUAAGACUUUGCAUUGUUACUCACUUAACAAAGCGUAACUUGUGUUUUAUUCGAAGACGGCGUAUGUAACUGCACUUGAGCAACUGGCUGCACUUGAAGCGUGAAUGAUCUCCUGUGAAAGGUGUUUCCAAUACCUUCGUGUGAAAUGGAACCUCAGUUUGGGUUUGGACCAAAAUAAUGUGUGUGUGUGUGUGUGUGUGUGUGUGUGUGUGUGUGUGUUUGUGUAAAUCUGUAGUUUAACACCUUAAACGUGUGACGAUAUUUAUGACAGUUUCCUAACGAAUUUUUAGCUACGAAAUGUCUACCUACAAGCAAAUAGAGUUAUUAAUAAAUAUUGCUUUUGAUAAUAAUAAUAAUAAUAAUAAUAAUAAUAAUAAGCCGUCCUUGUGCGACCUUCGCCAUUAUGCCUGUCCGGAGUCAGCAAUAUUUGGGAGCGUCCUGUAAAACAAUAAAGGAUGAAAUGAACCGCAACAUGGCGAUCACUGCAUAAAUCGUGGCCUUGUUGCCAUGGUUACAUUCCGUAUGUCAUGUAGGAAUCUGUUUAGAAGAAAAUAACACACCUGGCAACCAAUCGGAAACGAGUAUUUGAAGUGGUUAUGGUGUAAUGGUACGUGGUGUAGCGUGCAAACGAUUGUCGCCACAUUUUUACUUGUGUGUGUGUGUGUGUGUGUGUGUGUGUGCUUUUAGAUGUAUUCUUAAUCAAACUCUUUGUAGAAUUUUUCAUCAUGACAAUGUGCAGACAGGAUGAAAUGGAAACCCUCACCAUAUAUGGCAAUUUGCGGCGUAUCUGUAUAAAAAUGUGUCUUAAUUAUGAGCAAUAAUGUAGACUUUUUAACUAAACACCUUGUGCGUCCCGGCGCUUCUUGCGCACUCCAUCACUACUUGUUCUUCACUAAGUGAGACUCCUGGUAACCUACUUUUCUUCCGCUAAGGGUUUUUUCUUUUGUGUACGAUCACGGCCAGGAGUCAUUCACAAUAUACACACAUCCUCAUUCACAACAAACAAGUUAAACAAGUUAAGAAGUCACGUUAUACGCGUAGAAACGUGCGUGCACAUAGCAAACCUAUUCGGUUUCUUGUUCCAGGGUAAAAGGAAUCACAUCGCUCAGCUGUACGUUUGUUAGACGCAACAUCUAACGCAGAUUUCAACUCUUGUACCCUAAAACUGAGACAAAAAGAGUAUUAUGGCGCUGAGAAUACCGGUGGAUUUAAUACACGAUACUGCCGAGGUGUUGUUUUAUUUUAUUUUGGAGAAAAUGAGGGCUUGUGAAUUCGCAGUCUAAAAGUCGAAUCAGCUCGUGCUGAUGACCAGACACAACACCUUAAAUAAACCUUUAAGAGGAUACACACCAAUAUUCACUUUUGUAGGUUUAAAGUGUGUUUUUUUUUUUUAAAGGCAUCGAUGGUUUGUAUAAAUGCAGCAGCAAUAAAUUACUUUCAAAUUA